UAUUCGCAGUUGUAGCCACUUAGGUGCGGCUCAUGAAUGACGAAAACAGUGGAGAUUAGAGGAACCGAAUUAUAUCUUGCCUAAAUCUUCAUUGAUUAUCUGUAUUAGCUGCAUUCGGAAUCUACACAGCUCUACAAAAACAAACAGAGAAUGUUACUACAGUCUCUUUUCUUAUUGCUUUUGGACGGUGCGUUUGGUGCAGAAACAGAUGAGACAGUGUCAGUAAUGGAGGGAGAUUCUGUUACUCUGCACACAAAUCUUACUGAAGUACUGAACGAUGAUACUAUACUGUGGCUGUUUGGACCUAAAGACUCCAUCAUAUCUCAAAUAACAAGACAGCGUGAUCUGACUUCAUUUUAUGUCACUGAUGAUGGGAGAUUCAGAGACAGAUUGCAGGUGGAUCAGAAGACUGGAUCUCUCACCAUCAGAAACACCAGAAUCAAACACUCAGGACAAUAUAAACUCACCAUCUCUAGAAAAAAGACUAAGACGAAGAUAUUUAAUAUUACUGUCAUUGUGUUAAAAUAUUCCAGCUCUGAUUUGGUUUGUUUUCCUGGUGUGGUUGGUGAGACAGAUGGAGUGAAGUCAGUGUCAGUGAUGGAGGGAGAUUCUGUCACUCUACAGAGUGAUGUUUCUGAAGUACAGAGAGAUGAUCUGAUCGUGUGGAGGUUUGGCGAUAAAGGCAUCCUCCUGGCUAAAAUUGAUGUGGAAACUAACGAGACCUCAUUAAACGAUGCUGAUGAGAGAUUCAGAGACCGACUAAAGCUCGAUGAAGCUAGAUCUCUGACUAUCAAGAAAACCAGAACCACAGACUCUGGACUUUAUGAAGUACAGAUCAGAGGCAGCGAGAGCUCACAGCGAUUCCUUCUUUCUGUCAGUGAACCAAUUGAAGAGGAGAAAGUGUCAAUGGCAGAUGGAGAUUCUGUCACUCUGAAGACUAAAACUGUCCUAAAGGAAGAUGAUAAGGUACAGUGGUGGUAUCACGAUGACAACGAUCUCAUUGCUGAAAUCAAUGGAGAGACCAAUGGGAUAUUUGAUGGUUUUGAUAAAAGAUUCAGAAGCAAACUGGUGCUGAAUGAUAAGACUGGAGAUCUCACCAUCAAUAACACCAUGAGUAAUCACUCUGGACUCUAUAUACUAGAAAUAAGCAGCGAAACCAGAAGAAUCAACAAGAGAUUCAUUGUCACUGUCAAAAUGAUGAAAGUGUCAGUGGCGAAGGGAGGUUCUGUCACUCUACAGACUGAUACUAAAAUACAGAGAGCUGAUGAGAUAAUGUGGACGUUUGGAGCUGAAAACUGUCUUGUUAUUAAAGCGGAUUCAGGAACGACUAUUGGUAAGAGAUUCACAGGCAGACUGAAGCUGGACAAGAAGACUGGAACUCUGAUCAUCAGAAAAAUAGAAACCGCAGACUCUGGACAUUUUAAACUACAGAUCAUCAACAGUGAAAAGACCACAUUCAGGAGAUUCAAGGUGACUGUCACUGAAUCCACAGUAAAACAAGUGAAUGAAUCAGCGACUGUAAAGAUGCCGCUGUUGAACCAAGAGGAUGUGGAUGGAGUUAAUGGGUGAUAAGUCGUGCCCACCAAUAUUAAUCACUGUGACAUCAUCAGCAUUUGAGCUCAACAACAUUUUUCUGAUUUUAUGAAAGGGAAAAAUGAACCAGUGUGUUGUUGAGCCGUUAAACUCAGCAACAUGUAAAACUUUUUUAGAUGGCAGGGAAAGGCGCAUGAAACUCUUUCAUAAUUAACUAAACAACUGGAUACACAUCUCACUUAGUUUCUUAAAGGGGACAUAACACAAACAGU